UAGAUCUGUUGUCUGAAACAAUUCACCCUGUUUUCAAGUUGUCUUGCUAUGGCGCAAGACGUUUCCACCGAAAAUGUGCAUUUACAGCAGGAAGAAGGUGCCGAAGACGUUUACAGUCCUCUGCGAGAUAUUUUGAAGAGAGAAGACGAAAAUGAUAGAAAACCAGAGAACAAUCUUGCAAACCAACUACUCCAUGCCCUCGGGAAAAAUGAUGCUUUCAAAUGUUGGAAACUUCUGGAAAGGAACCAUGCUAUGGUCCGGCUGGAAUACGAAUACUUCCAAAGUGACUGCAAGGAAGCCAACAAGAAAGAGCAGCAGAGGGAAUGGAGAUUUCAGUGCGAUUGUCGGAAUUUCUGCACAAAAAUGUUCAAUUUUUGUUGGGAUUGCUGCACGAAAAUGUUCAAUUUUUGUCGCAACAAGUGCAAAUGUAGUUGUUGUUCGAACUCCGAACCGCAAGGAUCAGAAAAAAAAGGCAUAAAUGAUGAAACAAAACUGAACUGGAUCAAAAUUCUUUCUAACCCUCUGUUCAUUGGUUUGGAAUGGCUAUGGAGAACAAAAUCUAACUGUCAGUGUAAAUUUUGCGAGGAAGAUAGGAAGUUGGUUGGAAAAGAAAAGAAAAAGAAGGAUGAUGUCAUAGAAAGUUCUCUACAUGAUGCAUAUCUACUCGAUGAAACGUCGUCUCUCAAGCACUACAAUAGCCGAGAUGUUUACAGAGAAUCGGCGGAGGCUUACGAAACGUUUGCUGCUGGCGUGCUGGAGAAAGCCUCCCAGAAUGAACUUUACCAGAUCAUGGAUAUAAAAGGAGAGGGCUGCCUUCAGCAAAAUAACCCUCAUCAACACAGGAAUUUUAUUCAAAGUCUGAGCCUUCUCAAGAGUGCAGUCAAUAAGAGAAGAAAGAAGUUUGUUUCAAGUCCAAGAUGUCAAGCUAUGCUCCAUGAGAUUAUCUUUUACGAGAUACGGGAUUGGCAGGACAAGAGCAUAGUAACGAAAUUUUUUUGGUACCUUUGGCAGUUUCUUGUCAUCCUACUUGUUACUCCUUUGUAUUGCGUUUUCAUUCGACCACCCAUGAAGAUAUGGCGCUGUUGGAGUGAUAUCAGAUGCCUUGCGUUCAUAGAGAAACUAUAUGAGCAUCCCCACAAUAAGUUUGCAAACCACACCAUGUUUUACAUGGCAUUCCUGUGCCUGCUUUUUGCCUCAACUUUCGGCUUUGAACACGAUUACAGAACAAGUACAACAGGGGUUUCAAUCGUUGAUGUCUUUGUCAUUUUUUUUGUGGUUGGUCUCCUCCUACAAGAAAUUUGGGAAGUUCCUAAACAAGGAUUUCGUAUCUAUUUUUCGAAAUGGUGGAAUAUCGUGGACGCAAUAACACUUUCUUUAUUCCUGGCAGCUUAUAUAGUGUGGCUCCUCACAUGGUUAAGCGUUCAUGAAGAAUGGCAACCGAGGAAGAAUGCCUUCAUUGUGGCAGAUGUCUUGUAUGCCAGCGCCACAGUGUUAGCGUUCUUUCACCUGUCUCACGCAUUUCAAGUCAGCUCAACUCUUGGCCCUUUGCAGCUUUCAUUGUACAGAAUGCUGAAAGAUGUGGUCAAGUUUAUUUUCAUUUUUCUUAUGCUUUUUAUGGCAUUUGGAACCGGCCUCGUAAAAGUUUAUUCAUACUAUGUGGUCUCUCAAGUGAAACUUCAUGAGGAGGGCGAGAGUCAAUUCCGGGCGUUCCAUCCAUAUGCUCAGCACGAGAUCACUUUUAUUGGCUUGGCCUGGUUACUGGUUGGCUACGUAGAAGAAGACAAAGUAACAGUUGAUGAUCCUGCCUUUUACCUUACACAACUGUUUGGUCGCUUGGGUUUCCUCAUCUACCUGGUUUGUACCACUAUCGUUGCUUUAAACAUGCUGAUCGCCAUGAUGAAUAACUCCUUCGAAAGAGUUAUGGGUGAUGAGGACAAAGAGUGGAAGUUUUCAAGGGCUCAAAUGUGGUUAGAAUAUAUCGACAAAGGAAAUGCAAUACCAGUACCUUUUAACCUUCUGUAUUAUACCUCUUUUGUCCUAAUAUUCAUAAUUGGAAACCUCGUUUGCAGGAUUACAACGGUAUGCUGCGGAUGCAAAUGUAAUGAGAAGAAACAGCGAGAGGAGAGAAGAGGAGCUGCUGAGAUGCAAGCCAGUCAUAAAGCCAAUGGAGUAGAAAUGAAUGUUGAAGAAGGCGAUCCACACCAGAUAAAUGAAGAGCGAGACAGCAAAGAUCAGACUUCAGGCGAUAGUAUCGCCUCCUGUAUUUGUCAUGGAUGUUUUUGUUGUUGUAAACCCGAAACCGAAAACAAACGAGGAGAGACCUCGGGCUAUAGUUUCUCCUCCUGUAUUUUUCAUGGAUGUUCUUGUUAUUGGAAACCUGAAAUCGAAUACAACCGAGGAGAGGAACGCGGGAAAGCUAUAGCAUCAUCUGUUGAGAAAUAUCUGAAACAGAUGAUGACCACUCAGUACGGAGAACUUGACUGAAAGGAGUCACUUGUUGAUGAAAGAGAUAACGAAAAUCGAAAGUGGAUUGCGUAAAUCCAUUUACAUGAACUGUAAGCCGUUUUGAUGAUGUGUAAGAUUUUUGGGUUUUUUGCAAGAAAAUUUAAGACCAGCCCACAAUUUGCGGGCAGAAAACGGGAUUUAUUUUUAGGGGGAUCUAACUAACUCGAAUCUUCUGUUAAGAAAGGACGAAUUCUUUUUCUAGUCUAUGUUUGCUAAUGAAUAUGCCUGUCAUAACCGCUUUGGCUGCUGUUUUCCCCAUAUUCACCCGCAUUAAGAUCAAUUGCUAUAUUUGUGCUGUCAUGAAGCGGUAAUGUAUGAUUUUUCUUUGUAUCUUUGGCUUAUGAAUAGUAGUAGUUACUCAGCUUGAUCAAAGUGACGUUCUCCUGAUUUGGUUUCCUUUGUCCCCAGUCCUCCGCCUCUCUAGAGCAGGUUUUCUGUGUUUAUCCCUAUAGCUUGCUUCCCUCCCCCCCUCCUUCUUUCAGUCCGAACUAACAAUGUUCAAGAAGGUCAAUAGCCAGAGCAAGAGUUCACGUUUAUGUGGCAAGAUUUGUUUGGGCUUGGUUAAUGUUAACGUAGUCUUAAUAUGUGUUUACAUAAAACACACUGAUCGAGUAGUCACAUAGCUCGCCGAUCCGAGACCUCGCUUCUUUUGAAGCAGAUGAGUUUUACUUAGUUUCCUUGGGUUUUGGUGUGAAAAAUCAUCUUUUCUUUUUCUUUGUUAUUGUUACUUUCUUGGUUCUUAGAGUUUCUUUUUUUUCUUUUGUCUUCGUUCCUCCUUCCAGU